AUGCCAGAUAAUCUAGAGUACGAAGAAGAAGAAGAUGAUCUAUUCGGGAACGAUAUCACCCAGGAUGUAAAUACUGCCGAACCUAUAGCUACUACAAAUCUUGCACCUGCACCUGCACCUGCGCCUUCACAUCCAUCUUCUUCAUCUAUAACGAAUAAAGCUGGACCUUCUCGGAUAUCCUCUACGAGUCAAGCUGGACCAUCGACAGGGAGAGUAUAUAAGAAUGUGGAUGAUCGAUUGAGGGAAUUGCAGGAUCUCAGGAGAACAGGAAGAGAUGCUGGUAGUCGGAAUCUUGAGAUGGGGGCGCAAAGUCUGCGGGAUCUUUGUAUGGGUGUGAUCAAAACCAACUCGGCGAGGAUAUGGGAUAUAGGUGAUUUAGAAUACCCCUUGAUUAAACCCUUGAUAGAUGAAGUGCCGAUUGAACAAUUACAGGAGAUCGAAUCAAAUUCACCUCAUAUCAAGAAGGAUUCGGACUGGCUAUACGAGAUAUUCCUACUACAGGAUUAUCCAUUGUUUCAUGAGAGAUGUCAGGAUAGGCAUGGCGAGCCUAGGACCUCGGGUUGGAGGCGAAUGUACAAGAAAGCGAAAGAAGAUUUCCACGUCCGUCAAACCCAGGCUGCCGAUCGAGUAGCAGCGCGAUACAAGCAAUUGGAAGAGGAGAAAGCUUCAAAGAGGAUAGUAGUGAUGGAUCGUAUCAUACCAGAUAAGAAACCUACCAAGAGUGGAUGGGGACGAGGAACAGGUGGCUUGAGCUCAGCCGGAAGAGUAGUACCGAAACCACAAAGUGCAAUUGCCAAGGCCCGACUGGAAGCUCAGCGUGCUCGAGUGGCAUUGACUCACGCUUCUGGGAGAUAUAUCCCUCCGACACCUCAGAGAAGGACCAACGAGCCUACUCAAUUGUUCAAAAACCCUUAUUUACCCAAUAAUCAGAUUAAUGCUCAGAUACCUCAAGGGCCCAGAAUACCACCUCCGAAAAGAUCAACUCAGUCUCAAUAUCAGGAUCGAAGGGUUUUGGAACCUAGUUCGCCUGUUUCACCUAUACCUGGAGCUCAUCCAAUUAUAAGAGAAUCCCUACCUUCCCAUCUCAAAGAUCUGACCAAGGAUUCUGAAGGGAUGACAAAGAAGGAAGAACGGUUCAAGAUUGAUAGACCGGCUACGAAGUUUAAGGAAGUUAGGAGACCCGUUGGAGAGAAAUUCGUUGUUCCGGAAUUGGAGAAAGAGAAACCCCAGGGGAAAGGAAUAGUUAUGGAUUUUUUUGCUCCUCCACAGGUGGCUCUACAGUCAAACACGGGGAUGGGAGUGGGAACGAAAAGGAAAGAAAGGGCAGAGGAGACGAAUGGAGAAGAAGGGAUAAACAAGAAACAGGUUCCUUCAACGUCGUCGCCAAACAGACCCAAUGCACAUUCCAACAAUCAACCUCAUAUAGCACCUAAUAACGUCUCGAGAUCCGCACCGUCACAUAAACCAGUUACAGCUGCACCCUCAGAUAAUGGAAUAGGAAUGAACGAUGCGAAGAUCAACAGCGUUUUGUUCAGGAAGAAGAAAGUGGUUAAGAGUAAAUGA